AUGGAAGACGUGAUGUCGGUUCCCAGACUUAAUUUCCCAGACAGAAAUCGCGCCCCCUGUGCCAAUUGCAAAACUGCCAAGCGCAAGUGCGACCGGGCAACGUCCCUCUCCUGUUCCCGAUGUCGCAAGCAUAACAUCGCGUGCAUUCCCUCCGCCACGGCUCGAUGGCGAGUAGAAAGUAUCGAUUCUACCGGACAGCGACUGCGGCAUUCUUAUCGCGCGGCUCGAACCGAAGGGUCUGUAUCCUCGCCAGUAGAGCAGACGGCUACACAGACACCCUCGUCACCCCCCUGUGGCGCCUCUAUUACUCCCCUCCCCUUCACCAAUUUUGACCUGGUAGAAAUUAAUGUCCCUCCCUUUCCAGCCAUCGACGAGGACUUGCCGCCCGACCUGGAUCCCGUUUCCAAUUCCGCACUGUCGCCGAGUGCCUCGGCCGCGCUGCCUGCGAUUGGGGACCUACCCGCGGAGCUCGACGACCCUUAUCUCAUUCCAGCUCCCGCAAUAGCACCCUGGCCGACCUCAUACUUGUGGCAGGCCUUCGUGCAGUCGAUUGCGCCCGGGGUCAGUCUCGAGGAAGAGGGAAGUGAUAAUAAGCUGACUCAAUAUUUCGCCUCACGAGUGGCUGGCACCCCCUCGUUGUUCUCGGCCAUUAUCUUCCUGUCCCAUGCGGUCAAAACCAACUGGACCACUGAUAUAUCGUCACACAUCGAUUCUACUGUAAUAGCUGCCGUCGCUAUUGCCAUGGAGCAAGAGGCUGUGGCGCAUAUAGGCGAGGCUAUGUCCCGGCACUUGCAGCCGCCGCCGCAGAGCUCGGCGCAUUGCAUCACCACCUUGACCACCUUAAUCACCUUAUGCUCAGCCUACAUUGCCCAAGGCAAUAUCCCCAAACUCUGGGCCUGUCUGCAACAAGCCAUGGAAGUAGCUCGGAAAGGCUUCGCAGCCAGUGUCGCUAUCGAUGAAUCGUUUCUGUUUUUAGUACGCUGGCUGGGCUACAUCCACAUUGUGGCUAUGCUGGAUGAAACGGGCUACUCGAUAGAUGCUCCUAAUUACUUCAGUAUCGCUGCCCAACAGGGUCACAGUUCACUCAAUCCCGAGGCCAUCUUCCACGAUGUGGAUUCCUUUCUAGGCAUUUCACAGGCGGUGGGCGAUCUCCUGUAUCGCCUGGGCCGCAUAAUCCGUUUUCAAAGGUAUCCCUCUACGGGGGAUACGAACAAGACAGAUAUCACGGAUAUGGAAAUUCGCAUGCAGCUGAUCCUACGAAAGUUGAAAGCCUACAAACAGGACGGCAGAGAGCUUCCAUCUCAUUUCGAUCACUAUAAUGAAGCCUUGGUUCAUACUGCCUUACUUCGCCUCCUCGAGUUCAAACAGGAGAAUCCUCAGUCGAAACUCAUGCAAUCAACUGUGGCUCAGAUCCUUGAUUCUUGCGCUGCAGUCCCAGAGAAAUCACCAGUUGCCAAGCUGAUGCUUUUCCCGCUAUUCUGGGCUGGGGUUCAUACCACGCGGCCAGUGUAUCAAAGCUUUAUUCUCCGGCGUCUUGAGGUCUUGAGGAGUGGAUGUUGUUUCUCCAACGUUGGUCAUUUGAUAGAAAUUAUCGAGCAAAGGUGGCUGGGCCACAAAAAUGGUGAGCACAGCCAAGGUACGCAUCGCCCCCUCCCUUAA